AUGGCGUCCACUGCUGGCACCGACGGCGGACGGCUGAAUCCGGAGCCUUCGCAACCAGAGCAACGUGCAGAACAAGACCUGGCUCCCAAGUCCUACGCCGCUGCUGUCACCGAGUCGCCCAGUCAGAAUGCCGCUACCAACGCAACAGGUUCAACUGAUCAAAAUGGCCACAAUGGCACAACAAAUGGUACUGAACCGUCAAUCCCUAAACCUACGGAGCCUCGAGAUCCUGCGGAGCUUAACCCGCUUCCCAAGUCAUACGCCGCUGCGGUUACCGAGCCCGCCGCAGAGAAGACGACACUCAACGGCCACACUUCAGAACAGGAUGGGUUGGCAAAUGGAUCCGUGAAUAGAAAAGCAAUCAAUGGCCAGAGGAAGCAGCUCGACGACGACAAGCUGGUUUAUGAAAAGCACACGGAUCCGAAUGGACAGGCGCGCCUGACCAGCAUAAAGCCUAGCGACCACCAUGAAGAGAGUCUGUACCACAGUGUGGCAACUGUCCCCCGGGAACAGAAAUCAAACAGACCAGCUAAACGGCAGGAUAUACCCAGUGGGAAGCUUUCCAGCGGCCGGCGGGCGGGCGCAGGCUGGGAAAAAUCAGCAAUCCGUUGGGCGCCUCUUAAUGUGCCUUUGCAACGGCGGCUCCAAACCAUGGCGGUCUUGUGGCACACCAUCACCAUUCCAAUAUUCCUUUCAUUGUUCUUCUUAUUGUGUGCCAUUCCUCUCUCGUGGCCGCUCCUCAUCCCAUACUUGAUCUAUACACUUCUUAUCAGCGAGGAUGCGACAAACGGCACGCUCUCCAGACGGUCGGAGAGGUUGCGCAGGUCCAAAGUUUGGUCUGCUUUUGCGUCCUACUUUCCAGCCCGCUUGCACCGUACAGUUGAGUUGGAGCCGACCAGGAAAUAUAUCUUCGGAUACCAUCCACAUGGGAUUGUCUCCCACGGGGCCUUCGCGGCCUUCGCCACGGAAGCUCUCGGAUUCUCGGAGCUGUACCCAGGCAUUACCAAUACUUUGUUGACGCUGGACACGAACUUUCGCGUACCAUUUUACCGAGACUAUGCUCUGGCAAUGGGUUUGGCAUCGGUCUCGCGCGAGUCUAUUGAGAACAUUCUGUCGAAAGGCGGACACAACGGCGAGGGCAUGGGGCGUGCAGUGACGAUUGUGAUUGGUGGUGCUCGAGAAAGCCUCGAUGCUCGCCCUGGAACUUUGCGGCUUGUGCUGAAGAGCAGGAAAGGCUUCGUCAAGCUAGCUAUUCGUCAGGGCGCGGACCUCGUGCCUGUGUUGGCUUUCGGAGAGAAUGAUCUGUACGACCAGAUCGACAGCGUGCAGCAUCCCUGGAUCCAUAAAAGCCAGAUGAUCAUCAAAAAGGCAAUGGGUUUCACCAUCCCUUUGUUCCAUGCACGGGGAAUCUUCAAUUAUGAUGUCGGCCUGCUGCCAUAUCGACAUGCCAUUAACAUCGUCGUGGGCCGACCUAUCAAGGUCGUUCAGCAGGGGGCAAAGGAUAAUAAAGUGGACGAAGCAUAUCUGGAUCAAGUGCAUGCAGAGUAUGUGGACGAGCUGGUUCGGCUGUGGGAUAGCUACAAGGAUACGUUUGCCAAGGAUCGACGAGGCGAGAUAGAAAUAAUUGACUAG